UAUUUUGCCAGACAUAUACCCGACUCGAGUCGACUGACCAAAAGUGACGCCCUAUUUGUCGAUGUAAUACACACGGAGACCGUACGGCGCGGGGCUUUUCAAUGGGGCACCGGUAUGGCCAAGAGUAUCGGACACAUUGACUUUUAUCCCAAUGGGGGCUUGGAUCAGCCGGGAUGUUCCACACGGCAUAGGGUAAAAAAGUUUUUUGAAGCUGGUUGGAAUGAAGGCCUAAGGGAGAUGCUAAUAAAUGCCAGUUUACAGCCCAUGCAUGUUCUAAUUGGCAAACGUUCGCCAAUACAAACAGCUGUACAGAGUGUGGCCCCGAUGGGCACCUCUGCGCUCAAAUGGGAUUUAAUGCCAACAAAUGGCAACCCUAUGCUAACCGUUCAAAUGAAACAGCGUUUUAUC